ACAACAGCACCAUCUCCGGCAGGUGGUGUCGGCUCUUGGAAGAAACGGCAGCCGGACGACCGUUGUCGUUUUCACAGUGUUUAGAGUGAAAUAAACUGUUGUUGUUUUUAUUCAAAAGGAGUAUGUAUCGACGGCCAUGAUGUGUCUUGACAAGCCUCCGGGAGCGAGGCGGACGAGCUAGGAACGAAAGCGUCGGGGUUCCCCCUUCUCUCUUCCUCUUGUUCGAGCCUAGCUGCCACUUUUGUGGUAAAAAAAAAAAACAAAACAAGAGGAAAAAGAAGGCGCCACCGACGUAUUGAAUCCGUUUGGAACCGGGAAGGAGCGAGUGAGGCCGGGGAAAGAGAAGAAGACCCUUCCCCACCCCCAACCAGCACUACCACUACGCCGCGGCGAUUUUGUCGCGCUCGCUUCCCCCGGAAUUGGGCUCAACCCCUCGGCGGCGAUAUGUCCACGUGAGCCAUCGAAGUCCCAUUUUUAAGGGGUUGGAAGUGAGCUUUUUUUGGUUGUUAUCCGUGAACAUGCGGAGCCCAAAAAGCAGCAGACGUUCGUUUCAGUUUUGAGAAGGAGGGAGGAGGAAAAAGGGGGGGACCCAAAAAAAAAUGAGGAAGCGUCUUCAUAAAGACCCUGAAAAUGGCAAGAAGGUCUCGUUGUCGGUUGGGUUCUCGGGUCUGGGUUUGAGCAGAAUGAGGAAGAAAGGAUCUCCAUAAGAUUUUUUUUUUUGGUUGUAAUUUCUUUAUUGACAGUACAAUGACACCAAAGGAGCUCAAACUGUGUUUUUAUCCCCUUCGGAAGUUGUGCCAGACUGGCUCACAAUGAACAGAAACACUUCAAACUCGGAUUGCAGAUCAUAAUAUUGACUUUUUUUUUUUUUUUUACUUGCUAUAUUUUCUAAGUAUUUCUUUGUUAUCUCCCUGACUAUUCAAUGGAAGUAUGCUAUCAGCUACCGGUGUUGCCUCUGGACAGGCCGGUUCCCAAGCACGUCCUAAGCCGGAGGGGAGCCAUCAGUUUCAGCUCCAGCUCCUCGCUCUUUGGGGCCCCAGAUCCCAGACAGCUUUCGCAGAGACGUGGGGCAAUCUCCUACGACAGCUCGGACCAGACGGCGCUAUACAUUCGUAUGCUAGGAGAUGUGAGAGUGAGAAGUCAGGUUGGAUUUGAACCGGAACGUCGAAGCUCCCAUCCGUAUCUGUGCAUCGACUUCCGAAACCUUCACACGCGCCUGGGCAGCGAGUCGGAGGCGGCCGUGGACUCGGCCCCCGAGAGAAGGGUGCGCCGGCUGCUCAGUCUCCAGAGGUACCUGCACUCGUCCCGCCUACUGCGGGGGGCUGCCCCGCACAUCCCGCUCCCCAUCCUCGACGAGGACUACACUGGACAGGCCCGCUGCAUGCUGGAGAAAGUGGGCAACUGGAAUUUUGACAUUUUCCUCUUCGACCGGUUGACCAACGGAAACAGCCUCAUCACGCUGACGUUCCACCUACUGGACCAGUACGGCCUGGUGGAGCUCUUCCGUCUGGACGUGGUUCGACUGUGGCGCUUCCUGGUGCUGGUCCAGGAGGACUACCACACCCACAACCCUUACCACAACGCCGUGCACGCCGCCGACGUCACGCAGGCCAUGUACUGCUACCUGCGGGAGCCCGCGCUAUCCAAGUCUCUGACGUCGUACGACAUUCUGAUGGGCCUGCUGGCCGCCGCCACUCACGACCUGGACCACCCUGGAGUCAACCAGCCCUUCCUCAUCAAGACUGACCACUAUCUGGCUUCACUCUACAAGAAUACCUCAGUUCUGGAAAAUCACCACUGGAAGUCUGCCGUGGGUCUCCUCAGAGAGACUGGGCUCUUCUCCCACUUGCCUGCCGAAGACAGCUUGAGCCUGGAGAGGGAUUUGGGCUCGUUGAUCCUGGCCACGGACAUCAGCAGACAGAACGACUACCUGUCCAGGUUCCGUCUGCACUUGGACCAGAGCAACCUGUGCUUGAGUAACGCCAGCCACAGACAUUUUGUGUUACAGAUGGCCCUGAAGUGCGCCGACAUCUGUAACCCGUGCAGGCCGUGGGAGCUGAGCAAGCAGUGGAGUGACAAAGUCACGGAGGAGUUUUUCCAACAAGGUGACAUUGAGAAGAAGCACAAACUAGAAGUUAGCCCACUUUGUGACAGAGCCAAUAACACAGUGGGCAACAUUCAAAUAGGCUUCAUGACGUACGUGGCCGAGCCUCUGUUCGCCGAGUGGUCUCGCUUCUCGGACACGCGUCUGUCCCAGACCAUGCUGGGGCACAUGGGCCUCAACAAGGCCAGCUGGGGCAGCAGAGGGCAAAGCCUGAGCCCAGACCCACCACCACCACCACCACCACGAGUGCAAGCCUCUCCAAAGACAAAGCUCAGGGAAGGAGAGUAUCCUGACACCUCUUGACACACACGCGUGCGCACACACACACUGGGGGGAGCGCCUUGAUCCCAUUUACUUUUGAUUUUCCUUCUUGCUAAACCACUGAUUUUAUUUAAUUUAUUUAAUUCGAAUUGUUUUUGGACGUAGAGCAAUACGUAGAUACCUCAUUUGGUUCCUGCUGUAAUUUCCCUUCAUCGUCGUUUUUUUUUUUUUUUUUUUUUUUUUUUAGUUUUUAAUUGUAUUUAUUUGUCGCUCCAGAAGACAUUUGAAGUGCCAUUUGAUGAUGCGUAUUGACACGCACACAUGCAUUUACUGUAUAUAUAUAUAUAUGCGUGGCUCACGUUUGUAUUGAUUCUUCCUCAAAAAGUGACAAGCCCAGUCGUUUGCUGCCUCUCGACCAACCCAGACUGUUUACUACUACUUCUUUCCACUUCACACACACACACCAUUGGAAGCACAAAUCAGAUGAAGCAACACGCAUGCAUACACACACAACUUCACACUUUUUUUUUUUUUUGGGAAGCGCAAAGCAGCUGAAGCCAUACACACACACACUUCGUAGGAAACACAAACCAGUUGAAGCCAUACACACACACACACAAUCCCAGUAACUUUCACACACAUUUGCUUGCUAACUCACAAACACACUUUUUUUGGAAGUACAAAGCAGUCGAAGCUAUAUAUAUACAUACAUACACACACACUCUCAAUCACAUACUUUUUUGAACUCUUCUGUUCUGAGCCUCUCAGGGUUUUGUUAUAGAAGAGAAUGAACACACUGAAAACACACUAAUUUUAAAGGGCCACACACACACGCAAGCUGUACAAAUGCCUUACGACUAUGCACAAGCGACAAGCUAAGUGACCAAACCCGCCAUGAUGAAGACAACGAUGAAGAUGACCACAUUCCACGAUGUGAAACCCUCCCGUGAAGAUAGAUGUUUGUCCCCCCCCACACACCCACACUCGCUGUUGAAAAGUGCUGUAAAGACUGUUGUUUUUUUUUUUUUUUGCCAACUGUUUACAAUUCUGUCGCGACAGCCAUUUUGUUUUCUCUGGAAAAGGGGAGAGGGAGGGAGGGGAAAGACUGGAGGUUUUUUUUGUUGUUUUUUUUGUAAAAGGCCUUCCGUGCUCUCUUUUCCACUUUUUGAUACAUGCCUGUUGCAGUUGUUUUUGAAAGAAUAAAAAGAAAACCGGUUGUUGACUCAAA